CGAGUCCAAAGCACCACCACACCAAGCUCCGGACCCGAGCACCAUGGACCAGGAGUCAGACAGCAGCUCAUCGCCACGCGCCGCUGACCUGGACGACUGUAGCCCCCCACCACGGAUGGCGGACAUGCUGGAAGCUCAUUCGCUGGGGCUGCUGGAGGGGGCAUGUCUCACCAAAGUGGAGCUGCGGGUCACGUGUAAAGGAGUCCCAGACCGAGACCCCAGGACAAAACCCGAUCCCUGUGUUGUUCUCAACAUGAAGACACAAGGACAGUGGAUCGAGGUGGACCGCUCUGAGGUGGUCUGCGGCUCUAUGAACCCAUCCUUCUCAAAGGUUUUCACUCUGGACUUUUACUUCGAGGAGGUCCAGAGGCUGCGGUUCGAGCUCUUCGACGUCUUCGGACCUCAGGACUCUGACUUCCUUGGGUCUGUGGAGUGCACCCUGGCCCAGAUCAUCUCUCAGAGGAAAUUGUCCAAGGCUCUGCUGCGACCGGGAGGAACUGUGGGCAAGACCGUCGUCACGAUUUCUGCAGAGGAGCUGACAGGAAAUGAUGACUACAUUGAGCUGUCCUUCAGUGCCCGAAAACUGGACGACAAAGACUUUUUCACCAAAUCUGACCCUUUUCUGGACAUUUACCGAAUCAAUGACGACGCUACACUGCAGCUGGUCUACCGCACCGAGACGGUGAUGAAUAAUCUGAACCCGAUCUGGAAGACUUUCAAGGUUUCUCUCAACUGUCUGUGUAGCGGAGACCAUCACCGCAAACUACAGUGCACGGUCUGGGAUUGGGACUCGAACGGGAAACACGAUUACAUUGGAGAGUUCGAGGCCACGUUCAACGAGAUGAGAACUGCCAGCGAGGGCCGACAGGUGCAGUGGCCUUGUAUCAACCACAAAUAUAAACUCAAGAAGAAAAACUACAAGAACUCAGGAAUUGUCAUCCUCAGUCAGUGCAAGGUCAUUAAAAUGCACUCGUUUCUGGACUACAUCAUGGGAGGCUGCCAGAUUCAGUUCACGGUGGCAAUAGACUUCACAGCCUCAAACGGAGACCCUCGAAACAGCUGCUCACUUCACUACAUCCACCCAUUUCAGCCCAACGAGUAUCUGAAGGCUCUAGUGUCUGUGGGAGAAAUCUGUCAGGACUAUGACAGUGACAAAAUGUUCCCCGCCUUUGGAUUUGGAGCCAAGAUCCCCCCAGACUACAAGGUCUCUCACGACUUUCCGCUGAACUUUAAUGAGGAGAACCCAGAGUGUGCCGGUAUCCAGAGUGUGGUCCAGGCGUAUCAGUCCAUUUUGCCCAAACUGCAGCUGUACGGCCCCACCAACGUCUCCCCCAUCAUCCAGAAGGUGGCACUCACAGCUUCUCAGGAGCAGCACACCAAGGAGGCCAUGCAAUACUUUAUCCUCCUGGUGUUGACUGAUGGCGUGGUCACAGACAUGUCAGACACACGUGAGGCCAUUGUCCAGGCAGCGCACCUUCCGAUGUCUGUAAUCAUCGUAGGCGUCGGCUCUGCAGACUUCAGUGACAUGCAGCUCCUCCUGCGCUCCACCAGGGGGCAAUCUGUGUGCAGGGACAUCGUCCAAUUUGUGCCCUUCAGGAACUUCAAACACGCUUCUCCGGCGGCCCUGGCGAAGUCGGUUUUGGCCGAAAUUCCGAAUCAAAUCAUGGAGUAUUACAACAGCCGAGGAAUCAAACCCAAAACCCACAGGUCCACCAGGCCCUUCUAGACCAAGCCCAGGACUAAACCAAGACUGAACUAGGACUAAACCAGGACUGAAACCAGGACUGAAACCAGGACUAAACCAGGACUGAAACCAGGACUGAACCAGGAUCAAGCCAGGACUAAACCAGAACUAAACCAGGACUAAACCAGGACUGAACCAGGACUAAACCAGGACUUAAACCAGGACUGA